AUGACGACCACAUCCCGCAAUCCCAAUCGCAAUCCCGACCACCUCCCCCUCGCACCACAGCAUCCGCUGCAACGCCUGCGCGCCCCAUCGCGCGACCUCAGUGCGGCGGUCCACGCCCUGGGCCUCGCGUCUUUCACGUACUCGUACCACUGGCUGCACACGCACCCCAACGACAUCAACUCGGCCUACGGCUGGCACUUCCAAUACCUGACCAUCAUCGGCCUGACGCUGGCGACGGGGACGUUUCUGCUCGCGCUGCUCGCCGACCUGACCCUCAACCCGGCCAUCUUCACGGCCAAGAAUAAAUUGAGCAUGUGCGCCGCGCCGCUCGAGCUGCUCGUCUCGACUCUCUACUGGGGACUGCGCCUCGCGGACCCGGCGCUCGUGGUUCCCCCGGAGCUCGAGCUGCCUGUGAGUGCGGACCUCAGUUUCCAUGCCGCGCCCGCGGCGUUUCUCCUGAUUGAUUUGUUGGGCUUUAGUCCGCCGUGGGGGAUCACCGUGUUGCCGAGCCUCGGUGUGUCGUGUGCCAUUGCGCUGGCGUACUGGUUCUGGAUCGAGCUGUGUUAUAGCUACAAUGGGUUUUAUCCGUAUCCGUUGUUUGCGUUGCUCGGGAGUGGGCAGCGCAUGGGCCUGUUUGGGGCGAGUGCGCUGUUGAUGGUGGGGAAUACGGUCGUUCUGAAGUGGGUUUAUGGGCGCGUCAAUGGGGUCGAGGGACGGACGAGGAGGUGA